GUGGCUUUAAACCUUGGGCACCUUGUCGCGAUGAUAUCCCUUGGGACCACGGCACUUUGCAACGAUGUUUGCCAUGGAUUCACAUUUUUAGCUCUUGGAACAGGAGUUUUUUAGCGAUGUAAAUCUUGCCAUCACCCCAUUAUACACGCUCUAAUGGCCUAAGUAACCAACUUACCAAACUUCGAUUAGAAACCUACUUACCCAAAUUUCGUAAAAGUGAGAUGGAGAACAGAGAGAAAGGGGUGCCAAGACCCAUGCAUCACACAAAAUCAAGUACAUAAAGAAGAGAGUACAUCUAAAUGUGAAGCGAAGAGUGAAAGAGAAGAAAUGUGUCAGCACAACCUAUCCAGAAACAAAAGGUUAGAGAGGGGGGAAAAUAGAGACAAAACAGAUAAGCUCUCGAGACAUCACUUCACAUUAUUCACAAGGCAUGCUAAGCUACGUUUGGUGUGGCACGUAACAGAACGAAGGAUGACCCUCGCCACCCGUGAAUAUCAAUCAGUUCACGCGACAACCUCUGCUUUGCUUCGCGCAAAAAACCAUUUCGUCCUCGCUGCCGAGAGAAGCGCACGAACGGCAACAGAACAAGCGAACGCCGCAAUGCAGGCCUUCCUCUGCACCAACGCCGCCGGUCUCCCCCUCCAACGCCGCUGCACAUCAUCCCCGUACACCGUCGCUCCCACCGCGCGUACCUCCCUCCGCCACCGCAGCAGCCUUCCAGCUCGAGGGCUGCGCUGCACUGGCUGGGAUUUUCCUAACCCGUUGUUCGUGGGCGUUACUGUGGAGAAGACUGUGACCGUGCCGUUCGCGUCGCUCGAACAGAGCUUGGUGCCGGUGGACAGCGCCGGUGACGAGGCGCUUGCCAGCAAGUUCGGCUUCAAGGAGAUAUCUGCAUAUGUCAUGUAUGGCUCUGGUGCUUUCUUUGCUGGGUGGAUUUUAUCUGCUGUUGUUUCAGCAAUUGAUUCCGUUCCCCUGCUCCCAAAGAUACUGGAAAUUGUAGGCCUGGGAUACGCAAUUUGGUUCAGCAUACGGUAUCUUAUUUUCAAGGAAAACAGAGAUGAAUUGCUUCUCAAAGUUGGUGAUCUCAAAAGGAGGGUUAUUGGAUCUGGUGAUGAGUAAUGUGUAUGCAUAUGGCUGCAAUUUGGCUUCAGUGUCAUGUUUUCUCUGUAACAAAUACACUAGUGUCUGGCAUCUCAAUCAUGUUAAAACUUGUGAGUUUAAAUUACACUAGGUGUGUACGCCCGCGUUGCCGCGCGGCUGUCCCAUCAAUCGGAACAUAGUUGUUGCUGAAUUUAUCGUAGAAUUAUUUUUCUUGACUUUUUACUGAGGAAGAAAUGGUGAUGUGGCAUUAGUUGGACGGGGUAUUUGCGUAUGAAAGUUGCCAGCAUUAUUUAUGUAUGGAAUGGUUUUUCCGGGAGUA